UGUGAAACUAAGAGUCAGAAGUGUUUUUGUGCCAUUGACAUUUACAUGGUGAAAUCAGAUAACAGUGAACAGUAACUGACAUUCGACGACUCAUGUCCCUUCUGGCUAAAUUCUGAGUAACAACAUCACUUAUUUACUGCUGUAUUCCAAUAGGUAAGAUAUGCUGGUCCAGCUCUAUGUAUUGGCAGCCAUUUUGCCCAUCUUUGCCCUAUCAGUGUCUUUGCAAAAACGGCAGGUUUCCGUAUCUGAAAAUCAGCGAAGUCACGAAGUUGUUGAGCUUUCGGAAGAGCAAAUAGUUGAAUGUGGUGUUACUAAAGGAUUUAUACCAGACCCAAUCGACUGCUGUCAUUUCCUCCAAUGUGACCCUUCCAAUAACAAUGAAACAGCAUUUAGAAGUUUGUGCACAUACCCUCUGAUUUGGAAGAAUGAAGCUUGUAUUUUUGAUGAUGGUAGUAACCCUGAUUGCAAUGUCUCUGAGUGUUCUUCUCCUCCCAUAUUGGAUUCGGUCUGUCCACUAGAUAAUGAAAUAAAGUCGAAAUAUGGACCAUUUGCAUGUUGUGUUAACGGCAUAGUGUACAUGGGGAACUCCAGUGAUGCUGGUUCUUACCAACAACACAAUCUUGAAGAUGAAGAUUCAACAUUUGGAGACAUGAUUGAUUGUCCCAAAGGUCAAAUAUUCAAUGCAGCCGACUGUUGUUGUGAACCAACGUAUACACCAAUACCAGAAUGUGUUGGUAAGGAUCUGUAUGGCCCAGCGUCUACAUGUUGUUCCUAUUACCAAUGUUUUGCUAACCGGACUGGAAGCUGGGAAAGAAGCUGUAUGGGUGGCACAGUGUGGAAUGAUGUCAUAAAGGCAUGUGAUAGUCCUCAACAAGUAAAGGGACCAUGCAGAGAAGCUAUCUGCACUAAUGAAACAUUUGUACCAGCAACGUGCCCCGAAAAUCUUCCAGAAGAUAUGUGUUGUCAGAAUGGUGUUCGAUACACACUCAACCAGAAUGACUCUUCUAGAUAUAACUUCAUCAGAGCUGAUAAUACCACAGAUUCAGGAAUGUGUGAUAGAGAACCUAAACUCUUCAAAAUUGAUACUUGUUCCUGUGCAAGUAUCACUGAAGAGGUAGAAUGUGAUUGCUUACAUUGGCCAUUUGACGAAGACUUUGAGGACAGUUUUACCCACGUGUCAUCGAGACAAGAUGGCGUCAAUAUUGGUCCACAGACUGUAUUCGGGACAGGGGCAGCUGAAUUUUCAGGGAAUGACCUCCUUUCAAUACGAUACUUUUCUGGCGCUUGGCUCGGAGCUGAGUUUACCAUAGCCUUAUGGUUUAGAGCUACUACUAUAAGUGGUUCCUUGUUGUUUAAUGGUGAUCAUGGUGCCAACUCACCAUCAAUUGACAUCGGGUUAGAAGGUUCUGCAGCUAACGCUGCUGUUAGAGUUGACGGUGUGUUGUACACAGUUAUGUUGACGCCAAUUGAUCCGAAUGCCUAUCAUCAUUUGGCUAUAGUGAAGGCAGAUUCAUCACUCAUGUUUUAUAUCAAUGGGGAUUUGGCAUAUACGGAAUCACCAGUAAGAGGAGAUUACACUCCCUCUGAUAUUCCGCUGCAAAUAGGUGAAGGUUUUACAGGAUCAAUUGAUGAAUUUGUGGUGUGUACGUUUGGAUAUUCCCCAGGACAAAUAAAGGAGUUAAUGGACAAUAAUGUAAUAACUCAAAAACUCAAUGUAACAGCUUCCUAGGUGCCACUUGUAUUCCUGUAUGUUUUCAAAUUGAAAUGAAUUAGUUAACACUCCGAACCUGGAAUAUGUACAUUGCGAACUUAAUCUGUGCGUAUGGCUUAACUUUUAACAUCUCGUUGUGCAUUAUAUUCGUAUCAUCUAGUUUUAAAUCUAUAUUUUUACUCGCAACUGUUCAGCAAAUUGAAACGUAAAAUUGAUAGUAAAGAAACAGUGUACUACUGUUCUUGAGUUAUUUAGAACUAAAUGGAAGUAUAUUCGAUUCCUGUCCGAACGAUGAUAGCCCGUGAAACGUGGUUCUCUUGUUUUAAAAAUACCACAUAUAUGAUCGUCUAAUGGAUUGAAGCAAUGUGGUUUGACGUUAAUGAUGCCAUUUUUCAAAUUGUUCAGCGGUUCAAAUAUGUUUGGACAGAGAACUUACAGAAAUGGACGACUCAGUCUUUCUUACGUCACAUUUGAUACAUGUGUUUGAAUUAGUUGUGAUGUAAUUUCCUGCAUUCCUUAAUUUGAUUAAAAUCUGAAAUGUAUGGCAUAUAAAUAUAUUUUGUUGUCAUAUAUGCAGAAAUACAGCACUGUGUAAAACGUGUAGAAUACACAUGAAUAUACAUACCAUAUAAUUAUUUAAUGUAUAUAGUCUUAUUUUUAAAUAUAGUUUUGUAAAUAUUGUUAAAAUUGUAUGUUAUGAAUUGAGUGAUAAUGAUCAUGAAAACUGAAAUCAUUCUUUUAUAUGUGAGGGUUUCUAUCAGAAAUCACCGUUCUAUUUAAUGGGAACUAGUGAGAAUCGGUUAGUGCAAUAAAGUAUUGGUUAUGCUUGUACCAAAA